AUGUGGCUACAGUCCGUCAUCACCCGAGUGACGCUGGCCCACGAGCGGGAGCGCCUGUGGGCAUCCCGGGUGGCGCUGGUGGUGAAGCUGCAGGCGCGGCUGCGCGGGUUCCUGGUGCGGCGCCAGCUCGCGGCACGGCGCCACGUCCUGCAGGAGCAGAGGCCAGCUGCCAUCAGGAUCCAGGCUUGCUGGAGGGGGUACAGGCAGCGCAGAGCUUACCUGCACAGGCUGCACUACCUGAAAUCCAACACAGAGGCUGCAAUCAAGAUCCAGGCAGCUGUGAGGAUGUGGCAGGCACGGAGGAAGUACCAGGAGAGGCUGCGUUAUUUCAGGCAGAAUAUUAAAGCUGUAGUUAAAAUCCAGGCUUUUGUGCGAGCCAACAAGGCCCGUGGGGAUUACAGGCUGCUGGUCCACACCAAGAGCCCACCCUUGAGCAUCGUCCGGCGCUUCAUCCACCUGCUGGAGCAGAGCCAGCACGACUUCUGGGAGGAGUCAGAGGUGCUGAGGCUGCAGGAGGAGGUGGUGAAGAGGAUCCGUGCCAGCCGGCAGCUGGAGAGCGACCUGGACCUCAUGGACAUCAAGAUUGGGCUGCUGGUCAAGAACAGGAUCACUCUGCAGGAGGUGGUGUCCCACUGCAAGAAGCUGACCAAGAAGAACAAGGAGCAGCUCUCAGAGAUGAUGUCCAUGGACAAGCAGAAGGGCCUCAAGACACUCAGCAAGGAGAAGAGGCAGAAGCUGGAGGCCUAUCAGCACCUCUUCUACCUGCUGCAGACACAGCCAGUGUACUUGGCCAGGCUGAUCUUCCAGAUGCCCCAGAACAAAUCCACCAAAUUCAUGGAGUCGGUGAUCUUUACUCUUUACAACUACGCUUCCAGCCCACGGGAGGCUUAUCUGCUGCUGCAGCUCUUCAAAGUGGCACUGCAGGAGGAGAUCAGGUCCAAGGUGGACCAUGUUCAUGACAUCCUGACGGGCAAUGCCACGGUGAUCCGGCUGCUGGUCGGCUUCUACCGCAACCUGCCUGGGCAGAGCGCCCUGAGGCACAUCCUGGCUGGCCCCGUGCAGGAGGUGCUGCAGGACAGGACCCUCAGCAUCAACACUGACCCCGUGGACAUCUACAAGGCCUGGAUCAACCAGACUGAGUCGCAGAGUGGGCACAGAAGCAAGCUGCCCUAUGAGGUGAGCCCUGAGCAGGCUCUCAGCCACCCCGAGGUCCAAAGGAGGUUGGACAUUUCCAUCCGCAAUCUCCUGGCAGUAACAGACAAGUUUGUCUCUGCCAUCACCUCUUCUGUGGACAAGAUCCCCUAUGGGAUGCGCUACAUGGCCAAAAUCCUGAGGAUGUCCUUGGUGGAGAAAUUCCCCAAGGCCUCAGCAGAGGAGGUUGAUAAGAUCGUGGGGAACCUGCUCUACUACCGCUUCAUGAACCCAGCAGUGGUGGCCCCUGAUGGCUUUGACAUCGUGGACAUGUCAGCAGGGGUGGCCCUGCGCCCCGAGCAGCGCCGCAGCCUGGGCGCCAUCGCCAAGGUGCUGCAGCACGCCGCUGCCCACAAGGCCUUCCAGGGGGACAGUGCCCACCUCUGCGGGCUCAACCAGUACCUGGAGCACACCCACAGCAAGUUCAGGAGGUUCAUCUCUGCUGCCUGCUGUGUCCCUGAGCCUGAGGAGAGGUUUGACGUGGAUGAGUACUCAGAGAUGGUGGCAGUGGCCAAACCAGUCAUCUACAUCACUGUGGGGGAGCUCAUCAACACGCACAAGCUCCUGCUGGAGCACCAGGACUCCAUCACAUCGCACCCCAGUGACCCCCUGCACGAGCUCCUGGAGGAUCUUGAUGAGCUCCCUACAGUCCAGUCCCUGCUUGGGGACAGUGUUGGCAGCCUGGCAGACAGCAGUGCUGAGCAGCUCUCCCAGCUCAGCAGAACAGAAAUCUCCCUCACCCUCACCAACAAGCUGGUGCCAGUGGCCAGCAGCGAGGAGAGUGACACGAGGAGCCUGCUGCUGAGCACCAAGCAGAUGCUGGUGGAUUUGAUCCAGUGCCAAGCAGGAGAUUCCCUCCCAGACAUCUUGUGGACACCAGCCUCAGAGCAUGAGGAAGCUGCCCAUGAGCACCUGGUGUGCCAGCGAGCUCUGUGGGAUGCCCAGUCCUCUGCCCAGCUGAAGCACCACCCCUGCCUGGCUGCCAACAGCCAGCUCUCCAUGGAGGAGAAGAAGCGCAAGGUCAUCCGCAACCUGCGGCGCUUGGAGAGCCUGGGGCUGGUGCACUCUGCCAGCCACUACCAGGAGCUCAUUGAUGAGCUGGCCAAGGACAUCCGGAACCAGCGGCGGCACCGGCAGCAGCGGCGCGGGGAGCUCCUGAAGCUGAGGCACACCCUGGAGGGCCUGGAUGCCAAGACACUGUUUUAUGAGGAGCAAAUUGAUUACUACAAUCAGUACAUCAAGACCUGCCUUGACAACUUGGCAGCCAGCAACAAGGGCAGUGGGAAGAGCAAGAAGCUGCCAUCUCUGCACUACACAGCAGCCCAGCUGUGGGAGAAGGGGGUGCUGCUGGAGAUCCAGGACCUGCCACCCAGCCAGCUCAAGAACGUGGUUUUUGACAUCAUCCCCUGUGAGGAAUCAGGGAAGUUCCAGGUGAAAGCCAAAUUCAUGGGGAUCGACAUGGAGGACUUCCAGCUGCACUACCAGGACCUGCUGCAGCUGCAGUACGAGGGUGUGGCGGUCAUGAAGAUGUUCCACAAGGCCAAGGUCAACGUCAACCUGCUCAUCUUCCUCCUCAACAAGAAGUUCUUCAAGAAGUGA